AUGCUCUCCUCAUCCCUCCGCACUGCGACCCGCCUCGCUCGUUCGUCGCGCGGCUUCGCAACCUCGUCCGUGACCCGUUCGUAUGAGGACACGAUCAAGAACAUCUGCGUCAACAAGGAUACCAAGGUCCUCAUCCAGGGCUUUACCGGCAAGACGGGUACUUUCCAUGCCCAGCAGUCGAUCGCGUACGGCACGCGUGUGAUCGGCGGCACCAACCCCAAGAAGGCGGGCCAGACUCACCUCGGCCUGCCGGUGUUCGGCUCGGUCAAGGAGGCCAAGGACGCCGAGAACCCGUUCGCGACCGUCAUCUACGUCCCCCCUGCCGGUGCCGCCGACGCCAUCCUUGAGGCGAUCGAAAACGAGAUCCCCCUCAUCGUGACGAUCACUGAGGGUAUUCCCCAGCGCGACCAGCUCAAGGUGUACAACGCGCUCCGGUCCCAGUCCAAGUCGCGCAUGGUCGGCGGCAACUGCCCGGGUAUCAUGGCCGAGACGUGCAAGCUCGGCAUCAUGCCCGGCCACGUCUUCUCCGAGGGCAACAUUGGUAUCGUCUCGCGCUCCGGCACCCUGACAUACGAGGCGGUCAACCAGACCACCCUCGCUGGUCUCGGACAGUCGCUUACUGUCGGUAUCGGCGGUGACCCGUUCCCGGGCACGACCCACAUCGACGUCGUCAAGAUCCUCCUCGAGGACCCCAAGACUGAGGGUAUUGUGCUCAUCGGCGAGAUCGGCGGUGACAUGGAGGAGACGGCCGCGGCUUACCUCCAAGAGCACAACUCGGGCCCCAACCGCAAGCCCGUUGUUUCGUUCAUUGCUGGUGUGACCGCACCUCCCGGCCGUCGCAUGGGCCACGCCGGUGCGAUCAUCUCGGGUGGUAAGGGUGCUGCAUCGGACAAGAUUGCCGCGCUUGAGGCUGCUGGUGCCGUUGUCGCCAAGUCGCCCGGCCAGAUCGGUGCGAUGAUGCACGAGGAGAUGAAGAAGAUCGGCAAGGCGUAA